CCAUCAAAAAAAAUCUUUUCCCUUUCUCUCUAGAAUCUUCCUCAUCCCCUACCUUAAAUUGCUUCUACCCUAAGCCCCAAGUAACGUUUCACUCAUUCACAUUCACACACUCAAUGAAGGGAGUUACAGUGAAAGUUGAAGAAACAAUGGCGUAUGCUAAUGCUGCUUCAACUAGCCCAACAACAUCUUCAAACCUCUCCCCGCAACCCAUGGAAGGGUUGCACGAGGUGGGUCCCCCUCCGUUUCUCACCAAAACCUUCGACGUGGUGGAAGACCCAUCCACCAACGACAUCGUCUCGUGGAGCAGAUCCCGCAACAGUUUCGUCGUUUGGGACUCUCACAAGUUCUCUACCACCAUCCUGCCUCGCUACUUCAAGCACAACAAUUUCUCCAGCUUCGUACGACAACUCAACACCUACGGUUUUAGAAAAAUUGAUCCUGACAAGUGGGAGUUUGCGAACGAAGGGUUUUUGGCGGGGCAGAGGCAAUUGUUGAAGACGAUAAAGAGGAGGAGGCACGUGACAGUGACACAGACACAGUCACACGAGGGAGGAAGUGGGGCUUGUGUUGAAUUGGGGGAGUUUGGGUUGGAAGGUGAGAUGGAGAGGUUGAGGAGAGACAGGACAGUGUUGAUGGCUGAAAUUGUGAGGUUGAGACAACAACAGCACAACUCGAGGGAGCAAUUGUUGUCCAUGGAGACUAGGUUGCAAGCCACUGAGAAGAAACAUCAACAGAUGAUGAAUUUUCUGGCUAAAGCACUCAACAACCAGGCUUUUAUUCAGCAGUUUCUUCAAAGGAAUGCUCAGAACAAAGAGUUGCAAGGUGCGAGAAGAAAGAGGAGACUAACUGCUACCCCAAGUGUGGAGAAUUUGCAGCAAGAUCAUUUCGCUUUGUCAAUUGAAGAAGGAUCGGCUACUAUUGAGUCACAGAUGGAGUCUUUUUUCUCAGCUGCGUGUAAUGAUCCGUUAGAAUCAAACAGUGAACUCAAAGACCCAAUAUUGAGUUCAGUUCCAGUUGCAAGUGGGAGUAAUUUGGGGGAGGUGAGUGAUUCUGUUUGGGAGGACUUGCUGAACCAAGACUUGGUUGCUGGGGACCCUGAAGAGGAAGUUGUGAUUGGUGAUUUUUCACAAGUUGAUGUUCCUGUGGAGGAUUUGAUUGCGGAUGCUGAUGAGUGGAGUGAGGAUUUGCAGAACCUUGUGGAUCACAUGGGUUAUCUUGGGUCCAAACCGUAGUGGAAAGGAAGGAUUUUCAUUAUCUGGGGGGUUCAGAUAAAACUUUCCCCUUUGAACCGUGGUGGUAUUAUUUCAUAAGGCUUCAUUGUUUUUUUGUUGAUAUUUGUCGUUUGAUAAUUUCUGUGAUUGUAAUUGAUGUAGAAUAUUGGAUGGUUCUAUAUGCAGCAGCGAAGAUGGUAAUACUAGUUGAAGAAGUGGUCGACAGAUAUUGCCUCAUUAUCCGUAUCCUUUGUAAAGAAUAUGGUGUUUUGUGAAUAGCUGAGUAUUCGUUGUGCUAGUGAUGAUGCUAUUUUUACUCUUCUGUUGCCCAGUUUAUAACUACAUUGUACAUUUUUGCAGGGUAGGUUACUCAAAAGCAGAUGUUCAAUGGGGUGUGAUCGACUGGGAAAAGUAGUAUUAGUCUAAUCAUAAUUUGUUGGAUUCUCAAAUUUUCAGUGUUGAGGGAGGUUGUAGUAAGAUCAUUUGAUUGAUUCUUGUACGGUGGCUGAUUCCAUAGUGGAACAUCAAUUAACAAUUCUUUGCUUACCAGUCAUCUCACCUGAUUUAAUAGAGGAAUAAGCAUUCGUCUCCCUUUUCAACUUUUAUUUUGUUCAAUUAUUUGUAAUCAUUGAGUUCUGUUGCUCUUUCUGUUAAAAGGUUAUGUUGGGUACUUUUUUUUUUUUUUUACUGAAUGUUGGGUAAUUUCUGAGAUAUUACUCCAUCUCUAUCUAUGAACAUUUCAAUUCUUCUAAUUACCAAGUCAGUCCUUAAGUUCAUGUAAUAGCAUACACACUUUACUAUUG